AUGAACAUCGAGGAUAUUGUGCCGGAAUUGUUUGGCGAGGAGCGGGUCUACUACUGUCAGCGGUGUCUCAAUCACGGACUUCGCGUGAAACGCAAGAACCACAAGCAGAACUGCGCGUACAGCAUGUGCCAGUGCUCUGACUGCAUUAUGGUGGAGCGAAGGCGAGAAUUGAACAGCCGUCUCGUGCAAAUCGAAGGUGAGCCAGGCCAUCAGAGUUCCACAGAAUCGCCUUGCGGAGUUGAAGAUACCGCUGUCAAAGUUAAAGAACGUCGUCCGAACUGCCAACGAUGUGCACAGCACAACGUCGUCAAUCGCCUGAAGGGACACAAAAGGGCGUGCCCAUUCAAGGAGUGUUUCUGUCCAAAAUGCCAG